AUGGUUGAUAAUAAAGAAAGUUUUAUCGAGGCUGCAAUAUUUCAGGGCACAGACGGCACAAAGUAUGCCAUAAAUCCUUUUGCGACAAGGGAACUUAAAUCACUUAAUGAAUCAAUAAAAAGUGAAAACGAUGAAGAUACAUCGUUGACUUGCGAACACUGUGACCUAUCAUUUGUAAAUAAAGAAGAGUUUGAACAUCACAACGUCGAGUUACACGGUAAAAAGAAAUUAUUGAUGUGCAAUCUCUGCAAUACUCCGUUCAGGAGACAGGACCAUUUAAAACGUCACAUACAAAGCCUACACAACAAUCAAAAGUAUUGUACGUGUCCCGUAUGUAAGAAAGACUGCAAACGCCAAGAUAUACUGCUGAAACACAUUAAAAGAAAACAUUCCACUGCUACGGAAGUAUUUAAUUGUAGAGAAUGUAAGUUUCAAUGCAAUACACUACCUGAAUUGGAAAAACACGAGUUUACACAUCUAUUAGCCGAUAGACACCUAUGCCCGCACUGUCAUACGACUUUUAAGAGACGAGAUCAUAUGCUGAGACAUGUGAAAUCGCAGCAUUUGAAUCAGUUUGUUGUUUGCCCUAUUUGCGGUCAAACAUACAAACGGAAGGACCAUGUUGUGAGACAUGUUAGAGAGAAACAUAAAAUGGGACUGCUGAAUGGGAAACUAGUGUCAUCGACAGAGAUAUUACAAGCAACGGAUGAUUAA